AUGUCAGAAGCACAAGGGAAAUCAACUGGUGUGGUAUCUGGCGCUGGAAGCGCAACUACCUCUACCGUUAUCUCCGAAACUAAAACUGCAAUUGAUACUCAUGGAAAUACUUUCAAGGUUCCUGAUUACACUAUUAAGGAUAUCUUAUCUGCUAUUCCCAAGACAUGUUAUAACAGAAGUCUUUGGUGGUCUCUCCACUAUGUGGUCAGAGAUGUGGCUGCCAUCGCGGUAAUCGGGUACGUCGGCACCAAUUACAUUCCACAGUGGUUUCCGAACAGCGCUCUUUUGAGAGGCGCAGCGUAUAUGAUUCAGUCCUACUUAAUUGGUCUUUUUGGCUUUGGAUUGUGGAUUCUUGCUCACGAAUGUGGCCACUCUGCCUUUUCUGACUACAACAUUGUUAACGACAUCGUGGGAUGGCUGCUACAUUCGUGGUGGAUGGUUCCGUACUUUUCAUGGAAGUUUUCUCAUAGUAAGCAUCAUAAAGCCACCGGUCAUAUGACCAGAGACAUGGUGUUUGUUCCUUACACAAAGGAAGAAUACUUGGAAAUGAAAAAAAAAUCCGUUCUAGCCGAAGUUUUGGAGGAAGCUCCAGCGGUGACUCUUUUCAAUUUGAUUGCACAACAGAUCGGUGGUCUUCAACUCUACCUAGCUACAAAUGCCACUGGUCAACCUUAUCCAGGUGUCUCGAAAUUUUUCAAAUCUCAUUACUGGCCAAAAUCUCCCGUUUUUGAUGCCAAAGACUAUUGGUAUAUUAUCUUAAGUGAUAUCGGAAUCCUAUGCACUCUUGGUGUCAAUUAUUUAUGUUAUCGUGCAUACGGUUCUCACUUCGUUCUAAUUAACUGGUUUUUACCAUGGCUGUGGGUCAACCACUGGCUGGUGUUCGUGACAUUCCUGCAGCACACAGACCCUACUAUGCCUCACUAUGAUGCCGGUGAGUGGACAUUUGCCAAAGGUGCUGCUGCAACAAUUGACAGAAAUUUUGGUUUUGUCGGUCAACAUAUUUUUCAUGAUAUUAUCGAAACACAUGUUUUGCACCAUUAUUGCAGUAGAAUUCCAUUUUACAAUGCCCGUGAGGCCACCACAGCCAUUAAGAAGGUUAUGGGUGAACACUAUAGAUACGAUGGUGAGAACAUGUGGAAAUCUCUAUGGAAGGUUGCUAGAUCAUGCCAAUAUGUUGAUGGAAGCAAUGGUGUUAAAAUGUUCAGAAACACUAACAACAUUGGUGUAAAAUCUGAGUAG